AAUAGGAAAAACUCAUAUCAAGAUGGAAUGUACGCGACUACAUGUCCGAUCCCGCCGGGGAAGAACUACACUUACGCUCUCCAGGUUAAGGAUCAGAUCGGAAGCUUCUACUACUUCCCGUCGCUCGGAUUUCACAAAGCCGCCGGCGGAUUCGGUGGAAUUCGUAUCUCCACCCGUCCAUUGACACCUGUCCCUUUCCCUCCUCCCGCCGAUGAUUACACUCUUCUUAUCGGCGACUGGUUCAAGUCCAAUCACAAGGCCUUGAGAACACAGCUCGAUAAUGGCGGAAAGCUUCCUUUUCCAGAUGGAAUUCUCAUUAACGGCCGCGGUAGCGGUGCUACACUCAAUAUUCAACCAGGAAAGACAUACAGGCUUAGAAUAUCAAACGUGGGAUUACAAAACUCCCUCAACUUCCGCAUCCAGAACCACGUGAUGAAGUUGGUUGAAGUCGAAGGGACACACACUGUUCAGAACGUCUUCUCUUCGCUUGAUGUUCACGUUGGUCAAUCUUACUCGGUCCUCAUAACGGCUAAUCAGCCUGCAAAAGAUUAUUACAUUGUGGUCUCUUGUAGGUUUACACCGAAGGUCCUCACCACCACCGGUGUUCUCCAUUAUAGUAACUCUGCUGGACCUGUUUCUGGACCUAUUCCAGGUGCACCAACUAUGUUGAGCUGGUCUUUUAACCAGGCUCGAGCUAUAAGGACCAACCUUACAGCGAGCGGACCAAGACCAAACCCCCAAGGUUCAUACCACUAUGGUAUGGUAAAAGUCACGAGAACCAUCAAGCUUGUUAACUCUGCUGGACAGAUCAAAGGCAAGCAACGAUACGGCGUAAACAGCGCAUCAUUUUACCCAGCAGACACCCCUUUGAAACUCGCAGACUACUUCAAGAUUAACGGUGUAUACAAGCUUGGAAGCAUAUCUGAGCAGCCCACAAAUAAACCAAUAUUUCCUGCCACAUCUGUCUUGCAGGCUGAUUACAGAGACUUUGUGGAGAUUGUUUUCGAGAACAGGGAAAGUAUAGUCCAAAGCUGGCACUUUAAUGGUUACUCGUUCUUCGUUGUUGGAAUGGAGCUUGGGAAGUGGAGUCCUGCCAGUAGGAAAGUAUAUAAUCUAAACGAUGCAGUCUCACGUUGUACUGUUCAGGUAUAUCCAAGAUCAUGGACUGCAAUAUACGUAGCACUAGAUAACGUAGGAAUGUGGAACCUGAGAUCAGAGUCGUGGGAGAGACAAUACUUGGGACAACAGUUGUACAUGCGUGUCUACACAACGUCGACGUCUCUUAGAGAUGAAUAUCAAAUCCCGACGAACGCUCUUCUCUGUGGUAGGGCCAUAAAAGACUGACGUUUGAGACUUGAGAGUUAGAUAGAGAGAACCUGAACUCGUUCUCUUCUUCGUUUGUUGCUUCCUUUUCUUCCUAAGGGAGAGUUUUCCAUAUAAUAGUGUGGUUCAUCAUACAUUUUUGAAACAAAUCUAAUUACAGAGAUUUUCUCUUUAUGAGUAUAUAUA